CUCAGGCUCUCCUAAAGAAGUUAGUCCAUUAAUUGUGCAGGAGCCUGAAGGAAGGAAAUAGGCCUUGAAGAUCCAUCUGGCAAGUGAAAGAACAUCUGGCAGAAGGUGUUAAGAUGGCAACUUCGGCGAACCUUCCAGCAGCAGCUUGUACUACAGAAAUGGACUUUGAUCAAGAUCUUAAUUCUAUCAAUAUUGUGGAUCUAGAUUUUAGAAACGACACACUGUAUUUAAUGGUUGAAGAACAAGUUAAACAAGAAUUCAGCAAGCUUGAAAAGCAUUGUGCCAUCUUACGAAACAUAAAGGGCAGAGUUCUUAUAAUAGUCAAAGGAGAGAAAAUGGCUGUAUUUGAAGAGAUGUCUGAUGCGGAGAUUAAAGCCAAUGCACCUCGGACUCAAUUUAUAAUACAAUAUUAUAAAGAGACUACACCCAAAGGGUUAGCUGUAGCAUUAUCUGUGAAGACUGAGAAAAAAAUUUAUACACUAUCCUGCAAGAACAAAAAGCUUCAUUUUAAGGAAGGUGCUGCCCCAGAUAAAAUUGAUGGCAAAGAACAGGAUAUCUUGUUCUACCAAGAGAAAAUUUCAGGCCAUGAUAAGAAGAUGCAAUUUAAAUCUGUUUUGUAUCCAGAAUACUACCUAGCAUGUAAACAGGAAAAGAAGGGUGUUUUUAAACUGAUUUUAAAGAAAGGGUGCCAGGAUACAGAAGGAUCUACAAAAUUCAUUGUCAUGUAUAACUGUGAGAAAACAGACUUAUGA